CACCCGAUGGCGCUCGCCGGGUGCCUGCCGCUGCCGCUGCUGCUGCUCUGGGCGCGGCCUGUGUCCUCGGUGACGGUAGAGACGGAUCACCUGGUUCUGUCCCAUAAGGGGAUCGGGGACACCUGUGAAGAAAACCUGGAAUGCCAGACCGAUUGCUGCGUCACCAACAGCCUGAACCCCCAGAAGUUCUGCACGUCCCAGACCAUCUUCCUGCAGUGCCUGUCCUGGCGGAAGCCCAACGGCUACUCGUGCACCGACAAUAAGGAGUGCAAGAGCAACUGCUGCGUCACCAACAACUACAACCCCUCCAAGUUCUGCACGCCCCGCACCAUCUUCUCCCAGUGCCUGCAGUGGCUCAAGCCCAACCACGACCACUGCCUGCACCACAAGGAGUGCCGCAGCCUGUGCUGCAUCCGCCUGACCGAGGCCAGCUCCCCGCGCUGCGUGCCCCGCAACGGGCUCCUGGCGCACUGCCUGCCCCCGGCCAAAAAGAGCCGUAGAAAAUGUGGAGACGAUGACAAAGCAGGGUCUGGUCAGGUCUGGUGCGACAGUGACCCCCAAGCAGCCGAAGUUGUGUGA